GCUGGUCCCAAACGCAAUCCUACAGUCGUGGGUAGACUUCAGAACCUGACAUAGUCCAAUAUAUAUCUGGGGAAACAUGUGCAUGAAAAUAAUUUGAACCACUGUCUUACCCAUACCCUGAUCGUAAGAGGCGGCCAAUUUCUCCAGCAGGUAUAAAAGUUCCGAAAACAUAACUCGAUAUUUUCAUUCUGGUUUCAACGAGGUGUGAAACAAACGUUUUAGUCCAUUUUGGCGCGAUUUAACCUGUUCAGUGUUGGUAUCAACUAAAAACCGUACAGCCUUACUAUAGUCGAGGGCAUCUGAACACAGUUUGGCAAGAUUGCAUAUUUUGACUGUUGUAGGUACUGAUCUCUCAACCGUUCUCGUACAAUGGGCUGUGCAGAGAGUUCAGAAGAAAGUACGGAUAAAAGGGAGGCAACUCAGAGAUCGAAGAAGAUAGAUAAAGCUCUUAAAUUAGAAACAGAAAGUAAAACGACCAAGCUGGAGAUUGAGAUUCUCAUGCUAGGUGAAAGAAGUUCUGGCAAAAGUGAACUGCUGAAACAGAUACAGAUAUUGUUUGGAAAGACAGAUGUUGCAAAACUGCGCGACAACCUGCAACCAAAUUCAGACAGACUGGAUAUAAUUUAUUUUGCAAGUGAUCACAUACAUUUUAUGACUUAUUACUGUGGAUGAUCCAUAUUCCUAUAUUCUUCGGGAAUUUAUGAAGCUGAACAACACGGACUCCCUCACUUAUGUACACUGUAUAGACAUUAAUGAUCCAGAGAAUGUAAGGUUUUUCGUCGCCGCAUUGAAGGAUAGUUUAUGCCUCAGAUCUCUUAAACGUCUGAGUUUAGUUUGAAUUUUUUUUUGUUUUACAUCAAUUGUACUAUCUGACAAAUGUACAAGAUUGUACUCGUCACCACCUUGUUAGAAGAUUGCAUCAAGUUGAAUUAUUUACAAAACUGUGUAUACUUUCAAUCAAUUAUUAGCAACAAAAAGUGUAAAGUCUCACUCAGUUAUUUACAAAAAUGUGUAUGCUUUAAGUAUACGCAGUAAAAGACUAGGUUUUGGUCAUUAUUGCAAAUAACGGUAUCUUGUUAGGGCCAUCUCAGAGACGUUUCGUUUUGCUUGCGAUGGUACGAUAUCAGACCGUCGCGUGUAGCAUCGUAC